AUGAAUAUCCAAUCUUUUCCACAGGUCCGGGAUUUCUUAAAAAAAUGUAAUCUUUUGGAAUAUUAUGAUAGGUUCAUAUCCGAAGGAUUCGAUCAGUUACAAUCACUUCUCGAUGUUACUGAAGCUGAUCUAAUAGCUAUGGAUGUUAAACGAGGUCAUCGAAGGCGAUUACAAAGAGAAAUUGCUACAAUAAAAGGAAUUCCUUCAAAUAUCCCAUUAUAUUUUCAACAUGGAGAAGAAAUCAGCGAUGGUCAAAUUCAUUCAUCAAAUAAUAGUAUCCAUCAACCACCCCUUAAUAACGUACAACCAAAAAUCCUUUAUGUGAAUGGACCUUCAAGUAUAAAUGAUUCGACAAUGGGAUCAUCUCAACCAAGAAACAGAUCAACUAGAGACGAUGACCAACCAGACCCCCCGGAUCCUCCAGAUAAUGGUAGUACCAAACGUAAAUAUAAACGUCAUCCAAAAAGAGAUAAAAAUGCUCCUGUAAAACCACUUUCAGCAUAUGUAAUGUUUGCUCAUAAGGUUCGUGAAGAAUACGCUGGUCAAAAUAUUUCAUUUCCUGAUAUGGCAAAAAUCGUGGGCGACCGUUGGAAAAAUGUUCGUCCUGAAGUAAAAGAAGCUAUCGAAAAUGAAGCUGCAAAGAAAAAAGAAGAAUAUCAAGCUGAAUUAGCCGUAUAUAAAACAACUGAGAAUUGGAAGAAAUACCAAGAAUAUCUGAAGGAAUUCAAAGAAAAGUAUGAAUCAAACUCACGAGAUUCAGGUAAAAGAAAAAGACAGAAGACCGAACCUUCUCCAGAUUCAGAUAAUGCAACACCUUCAGGUUACUCUAGUACACGAUCCACUUCUGUAGGGUAUGAUAAUGGUAGUGGUAAUACUAGUAGUGGAAGUAGCAAUGGAAACGGAAACGGAAACGGCAAUGGAAAUGGAAAUGGACAUAAUACUCACCAUCAUCCCACAAGACCAUAUUCUAACCAGCCUUAUCCACAUCAUUCAAAUUAUUCUCAUCACUCCACAAAUUAUAUUCCUCCAUAUGCACAUUACAAUCCGACUGUACCUUAUGGGUAUUCAAACAAUAACAAUGGACAAAAUAUUGGUAACUCACUAGCAACUCCACCAUCAAGUAUCAAUACAAAUAAUACUCAAACAACAACAUUAGCUGAUUUGUAUGCUAAAGAUGACAGUAAUAUCGGAGAUGAUCAAUCUCAACAAGGAAAUGGUAGUAGUAGUGGUAAUGGCGGUAAUGGAAGUAGUUUUAGUAGUAGCGGUAGUAGAAGUGUUGAACGUCCAAGUUUUGAAGAUUCAGACAAUUCAACUACAAGUUCACAUAGUACUCCACCUGCUGCUUUUAUGGAAACUGAUGAUAAUCCAGAACGUCGACAAUCUAGACAACAAAAUACUCAGCAACAGGAUAGUUCACAGUCAUGUCAACAAGAUGAUACCAAUUCAUCAAAAAGUAAUUAA